CCUCCCUGUGAAGUAAAGUAUAAAAGAUAGGACUCCUCAUUGACCCUCACACAAUCUACACUGAAGUUCUGAGAGUGAAGAUUUGACAAAAGAUUCAUCAUGGCCGUCAUGAGAGCUCUUGUGCUUCUUUUCUUGGUCUUUUCUGUUGAGAAUGCAGCAGCUCAUGACUGCCCAUAUGGAUGGACACCUUUUGGUGUGAAAUGCUACAAAAUCUUCACUGAGACAGUUGACUGGGUCACAGCUGAGAAAAACUGUCAAUCUGUUGAUUCAAAUCUCGCAUCUGUGCACAAUACAGUGGAACACAACUUUCUCAUGAGUCUUGUGUCUGUUGACACACAUGUUUGGAUUGGUGGCCAUGAUGGUGAAAUGGAUGGACAAUGGCUGUGGACUGAUGGAUCUCAUUUUGUCUUUACCACCUGGUGCUCUGGACAACCUGACAAUAAUGGUGGUAAAGAGAACUGCCUACACUUAAACUAUACUGAUAAGCAUUGCUGGAAUGAUGCGCCCUGCUCAACCGCAAUGAACUACAUUUGUGCCAAACCUAUGAGAUCAUAAAAAAAAUGUAUCUGUUUUUUAAAAGUACUAUGAUUGUACUACAUGCCUAUAUAUUUUUUUUUCAGAUCUUAUCCGUAAAACUCAGUAUCUUACUGUACCUUUCUGAAAACUUCUCCAAUCAAUAAAAGCAUUUGCAAAUUG